AAAAACCCACCUUCACCUCCAAGCCUCCAACAUACCAACACCCAUAAAGAAACACAGUACACACACUCACUCACAUUCACAAAAAUCCUAAAAAAUCCUUCUUUUUUAACCUUCACCUGUAAAGUUUCACACUUUCACAUGCCCACCAUUUUCAUCCUUAUGAAUCUUUAUUUAGAGGCUGCUGCCUGCACACUAUCUUUCUAACCUUAAAAAUGCUUUCAUAAUGCCAUUAAAAUCAGACCCAUUUCAUAAAGUUGGAAAAUUUACAGCAAUUUUUGUGUUUUUUUAAUUUUCUUGAUGGGGGGUUUCUUGGCACCAACUGAAGCUCCAUCUUUGUACACUCAAGACCAAAGAGAUAAUGACCAUUGGAGACAUUUUGACAAAUCUGUUAAUGCUAUUUCUUUUGGUUUUGUUGCUACUGCUAUCUUGAUUUCAAUGUUUCUUGUUAUGGCUAUUUUUGAGAGGUUUCUCAGAACCACCACUUCCUCGCCGGUUUUGUCACCUGACGGCGGCGGUGGUGUUGGUGGUGGCCGGAAUGUUGCUGGAGGUGUUGGUUCUCAGAUGGGUUCUAGUUCAAAACUUGCUCACUCUUCUCUUAAGAUAUCAGAAAAUGCGAGAGAAGUUUCAGUAUUGAUGCCGGGAGAAGAUAUUCCCACCUUCAUUGCUCAACCGGCUCCUGUUCCAUGCCCGCCAGAGCAUAUUCCAUGGUCGGUUGACCCAUGUAUUUUGUAUCCAAAGCUUGCUUCAAACUCAAAUUCUCAAUCACACUGAGAGGGUAACCCAUUGUAUGUUAUUGGUCACAAUGUCAAACCUCAUAAUGGGUGAUCAUUGAUAGAUCCUUUGUUAGUUUUGUUUUUCCACUUAUCUUUUCUUUUAAGAUCCAUUGUUAGAAUUUGAAGGGUGCAUGGUUUGAUUAUCCAUGACUCACGGGCUAAUAGUGUAUAACCCUAAUAUUAAUGGGUUUGAUUUUGUAUAUAUUGUUAGUAUUGAAAUCACACAAAUGACCCUUGACUGCAUUUAACUUUCUGUUUUAAGUUC